AUGGUGUGCACAAAUGUCCUGGCAGAUGCUCUCAAGAGCAUUAACAAUGCUGAAAAGAGAGGCAAAUUCCAGGUUCUUAUUAGGUCAUACUCCAAAGUUAUCAUCCAGUUUCUAACUGUGAUGAUGAAAUAUGGUUACAUUGGUGAAUCUGAAAUCACUGAUAGUCACAGAGCUGGGAAAACUGUUGUGAACCUCACAGGCAGGUUAGACAAGGGUGGAGUGAUCAGCCCGAGAUUUGAUGUACAACUCAAAGAUCUAGAAAAAUGGCGGGGUAAUCUGCUCCUGUCCCACCAGUUUGAUUUCAUUGUACUGACAACUUCAGCUGGCAUCACGGACCAUGAAGAAGCAAGACGAAAAGACAUAGGAGGGAAAAUCGUGGGAUUCUUUUCUAGAGAUGUAAUACAUACAUGCAAAUAA